AUGUCGGCCUAUCUGCCAACAUGCAAGCAGGUUUCUAUGCGUACAAUCGUGUUUGUCUGUGUUCACGAAUGUAUACGCCCGUUUCAUCAAAAGGCUCCGGGAACAGUGCAGACCUUUGGUUCUAUUCACAUUAAUCACCAGCCCGAACGCCGCUUUUGCAUUAGCCUCCGUCAGGCUGGCUCUGCGCGAGGUAAACGUUUCACCAAAAGUUUUGGUGCAUAG